AUGUUCCCUCCACUUCCCACUGAAACAUUUCGAGAAAUUCUCAAGUAUUUAGAUUUCCGUUCUCUGGGUAGUUGUGUCUUGGUGAAUAAAUCAUGGUUUAUUAAUGCAGUUGGUCUACUAUGGCAAGAUCCUUUUGAAUCAUUGAGUGAAGAUAAGGAAAUCAUCUCACGGGGCCCAAAACUUAUCCGAACUUACAUAUCAUGUUUAUCACUCACAUCGCGAAAAAAACUUGAAUGCUUUCAAUUAUUAUCACCGGCCAUCACUUCGAACAAAGCAACCAUCAUUUACGCGUCUCUCUUGGUUAACCUUGAUUAUUUGCUGUUGGUGUCAUCGAUACAACAGUGGAUUAAAGUUUCGUUGGGAGAGAAGGAUGCGGAUAAAAAUUUGGAUCGAAAAGAAAUGGAAAAGGAAGUUAUAAUAGAACUAUGUAGUUUGUUUUUCCAGAAGUGCACAAAUCUACGCAAACUCGGAUUUCUUCCGCGUGGGUAUACUUAUAUCUUUGCAGAAAAUUAUCUUCAGAAUACAACAUUUAUUCGACUAGAUGAACUUCCCAAUGCUGAAAGUUGUUUGUCGCAUCUGGAAGAGUUGAGAUGUUUUGGCUUAACGCCUAAUGAAGUUUUGUGCCGGAUAGCAGAAAUAUCAAAGAAUCUUAAAGUAUUGGACAUUCGAGAUGGUGCGGAAGGCAACAAAGGGUUAAGGAAUUUAUUUGAAGUUCAAACUAAUCUUCGGGAAUUCACGAUAACCACCACAGAACCAUUGUCACUAAUUUCAAUAUCUUUACGUAAAAAAGUACAAAAUUUACGAAAGAUCAACAUAUACUGUCAUGAUCACAUACCCCUCGGGAUAUUUGAAGGUGUGACAAAUAUACAGGAGCUUACCCUAUGUGAUGAUCUUCGAUUUGCACCCGUGACUAGAGUAGACCAUGUGAAGCAGUUCAAUUCGAAUCUCACGAAACUAGAAGUAUUGGAUUUGACCUUAAAAGAUCGAAAUCUUCUACAGAUCUCAUCCCUAAUUCGUAAAACAAAUGGUAGUUUACUUCAGGUUUCUUUACAUUUUGGACGUCCCCUUGACUCCCAAAAUUUUUCUGCCUUGACUAGCACAAUUUCUAGCGCAUGUCCCAAACUGAAACAACUGAUCCUCCGUGUUCCUAAUGACACCAUUUCGAAAAUACCAUUGCUAUUUACCUCGUGUACCUCACUCGAGUGUGCGACAUUUGUUGGUGAUUCUAGUGAUAUUAGUGAAACUUUGAUAGAAAUGGGUGUCAAUUUACCGCGGAGUCUGACAACACUGUGCUUGAAUCCCGAAAGAUGGAAAUAUAGCGAGGAAUCAAUAAACUCUUUCCUUGAACAUUGUGAAAAAAGAUUAAAAGCUUUGCCGUUGAAAUUUGCUCGAAGCAAAUCAAUGGUGAAAUCAAAAGUUUUGGAUUU